GAUUCGAUUUUUGACAGCUACUAAGAUCUCUACUAAAAUGUCACCCAAGUAUUGCUCAUGAGCUUGUGAAAUUAUUAAUGAAAAAUUAUUCACCAAAUCAAAAUACACAUUUGUUUGUGAACAUUUUUGUACAAAACGUUUUAUUCUCGUUAGCUGCAGUCCUGCAAGUUUGAAUUAGUAGCCUUAACCUUAUGUUAACAGUGAAAUUAACCUUUAGAUAUGGAAAAUACAAAUCGACAACUUCUACGUAAACAAAAGAGAUAUUUUUCCAGCACCCCUGUAGUUUGGAACAACUUUAUUAUGAUUCAAUUUGUUGACCUCUGGUUUUAAUCAGAAAUGUGACGAGAGCAGGAAAACAAAUGAUAAAAAUGUAUGUUUCGAUAGCACCAACCUAACGUGUAGUGAACAUCUGUUGAAAAUAUUCCUCCAACAAUCCAACAAAAUGGAAUUCCCCUCUAGGCUUCUCAUUUAUACUUUAUGGAUGCUGGUUUUUCCUGAACUCUUCACAGUCUUCCAUGAAGGAGAAGCAGCUCACGCUGUUAAACGAUUCACAGGGUUAUAUACGGGUCCAUAUUUUGAUCCGACCACCACCACAAAUAUCACCACCCAGCUAGGAACUCAUGCCUAUAUCCCUUGCAAAAUAAAACAACUUGGCAACAAGUCUGUGUCAUGGAUAAGAAGGAGAGAUGCCCAUAUCCUCACCGUAGAUAGGUAUACUUUUAUAGCUGACGAGAGGUUUCAGGCCUUUUUUGUAGAAGCAACCGAUACUUGGACUCUUCAGGUGAAAUAUGUACAAGCAAGAGAUGCUGGACAAUAUGAAUGUCAAGUCAGCACAGAACCAAAGAUGAGCCAUUUUAUAACUCUUAAUGUAGUUGUCCCUAAAAUCGAGAUUGAAGGUGAAUCUGAUAUCUACGUCAAACGUGGCAGCACUGUUCAACUAAAGUGUGUCAUCACUCAGUCCCUAGAAGAACCUGCUUACAUCUUCUGGUACCAUGAUGGUGAACGAGUCCUGAAAUAUGACCAGAGUGCAAUCGACAUUCGCAUGUCGCGGAAGGGUACCGACACCACCAUCAGUACUAUCACCAUCUUCAGAACCAAA